AUGGCGUCGACGUCCUCUUCCACCGGCACCCUUUUUGUGAAUGGCCGCAUCUUCACUAAAGGCGGCACUGGCCUGGAAGCGCAACCCGAGUUCGCAGAUAGCAUCUUUGUUCAAGAUGGCAUCAUCAAAUCUAUAGGCUCAAGAGACGAGCUGUGCGCCAAACAUCAGCAAGAGGCAGCCCACACUAAAGACCUCGACGGUAAGACGGUUCUCCCUGGGUUUGUCGAUGGGCAUAUGCACCUCCUUCAGCUCGGCCAGUCACUCCAAAAGGUCAGCCUCGACUAUUGUCAGUCACUCGAGGAAAUCGUCGAGACGAUUCGGUCUUUUGCAAAGGCUAACCCAGACCUGCCGAGGAUCCUCGCCAUGGGUUGGGCGAUAAAUUUGACUCCGGACGGCGUGCACGCAAAGACUCUGGAUGAAAUUGACUCUCGCCCCAUCUACGUCGAUGCCCUUGAUUUACACUCUGUCUGGUGCAAUUCGGCCGCGAUCGCUGAGCUUGGAGUUGGCGAUAUGUCCAAUCCUGAAGGAGGCGAGAUUCACCGCUACGACGAUGGCUCACCAACCGGUCUCCUAAGCGAGAAUGCCGUCUUUGGCAUUGUUGGGCCUUUCCUUACCCAGACCCUCACCAAGAGUCAGCGGAUACAGUAUAUGCUACGCGCAUUCGAGGAGUAUAGUGCUUCCGGCUAUACGGGUGCGGUUGAGAUGGCCAUGGAUGAAGUUGCUUGGGAUGCCCUAUCCACUCUGUUUUCCGAACGGCCAGCUAUCGCCGUACGAAUGACGGUUUACUGGCUCAUCAAACCUGACACAGAGGCUUCGAUACGACGGCAGGUAGAUCGCGCUAUUGAACUUCAUCGCCAGUUCAAUAGGGAAACCUCGCCAAACCUCACCGUCACCGGCAUCAAACUCAUUUGUGAUGGCACGAUCGAUGCCUGUACAGCGUACCUAUCUGAACCUUAUGCAGUUGCGCCGUCUGCGCCGCCUCUGUGGUCUGAUGAAAAGCUCGUUCAAGCUGUACAGCACGCUUCCGAGGCAGGUCUCCAAAUUGCCCUGCAUGCCAUCGGGGAUAAAGCCAUACACACCGCUAUCAAUGCCCUCGAAACACAUACAAAGCCCGGUGGGCGUCAUCGUAUCGAACACUUGGAGUUUUCAGCACCGGAAGAUGCCAGGCGACUGGGAAGUCUAGGCAUCACUGCUUCGAUCCAGCCAGUCCACGCAGACCCUAUGAUUCUAGUCGACUGGCCACGUCUCAUUGGCACGCACCGCUGCAAGAGAGCCUUUGCAUAUAGAGACUUUGCUGAUUCUGGAGCCCUUCUUGCUAUUGGGAGUGAUACUCCCACGGCGCCAUGGGAUCCUCUACGAAAUCUUUAUGUGGCGACGACAAGACGAUCCGCGCGACAGCCAGAGUGGACGACCACCGUCAACGAGAACUUUCGUCUAGGGCUCUGUGAGGCCGUUACGGCAGCCACUCUUGGUGCAGCAAAGAGCGUGUUUGCAGAAGAUCGCGUUGGAAGCUUGGAGGUGGGUAAAGCCGCCGACUUUGCCGUGUUGAACCUGGAAUGGGAGGCUGAGAAGUUGCUUGGCGCGUCGGUGGAGGAAACCUGGUUCAACGGGAAACGAGUUUACCAGAAGGCGACCGCGAAGGAAUAA